GUGAGUGCGGCAGUUUGAGAGAGAGAGAGAGAGAGAGAGAGAGAGAGACGGAAGAGAAAAUAAAGGACAAAACAGCCGAUGGGCAAUAGAAGAUAUUAGGAUAGUCGCUGUGCUGGUGAAGAAACUUAAUGGCUUUGAUACAAACAGAUCCCAACGGACUAAUCCCUCAAAGUGGCGUCAGAAAAGAAUGUCCAUUUUAUAAAACGGCGAACAUGCAGCCGAAGGACACGGAGUUCAGCACACACGGUCUCCCGAAAGCUUUCCUUCAUAGUUUACGAACUUUAUUCGAUAUCCUUGACGAUGGAAGACGAGGUUACGUUCACCUGUCUGAGAUUGAGAGUCGGUGGCGCGGCGCGGAGGCUCGCGAUUUACCUCCGGGAGUUCUGGAGAGUUUGAGGCGGGUCGCACCGCAUCACGGCUGCCUGACUUUCGAGCGGUUCGUUGCGGGACUUCGAUACUCGAUGUUCAAUCCCGAAAACGGCGGCAAAAUCGCUUCAAACCACCGCCAGCAGCUGAAAUCACAGCAGAGAGCCGGUACCGGGCGGCCGCUUGAAUGUAAAGUUCGGCCGCUUGGACCGAGUAACGGAUUAAACACAGUCCACAGUCGGAACAGACCGCACGAGAGCUCCACGUAUUCAGACAAACACAGCAGUUCUUCUCAUUACUCGGGGGUUUCGGUCGCAUCGAGAUCCGAGUGUCCGUAUCGAUCCGAUCAGAUACACAUCGAGCAGAACGCGCAUCAGGUCCGAUCCGCUGAAUCAGUCGCUCUGGAGUCUCCUGAUGGCCAAAAAACAGUUGAGAGCCUGGGUCUGCCUCGGUCACGCAGUGAAACGAUGACUGGCUUCACGAGGUCGCGACGACACAUGAGGAGCCGAGACGAGCAGCGGCGCCACACCGUCACAAAUGGAGUGGAUUAUGGAAUGCUGAAACAGAUGAAGGAGCUGGAGCAGGAGAAAGACUCGCUGCUGGCCGGGUUGGAUGUGUUGGAGCGAGCAAGAGAAUGGUACCAGACCCAGAUCCAUAACAUCACUGAGACGCAGAGACACGUCGGCCAGAGCCGCCACUCGACCGAGUUUUUGGCUGAAUCUUGUCAAAGUCGGUUGGAUGUUCUUCUGCCAAAACUACAGGAAGUCACACUCUGCCUCAGUGAUUUAAUUUCCUUUUCUGGGAAGACGUUCCCGUCCUCUGGCUCGCUGUCUGCUGGUGCGUCGUCCAGCACUGCUCCUCCUCAAGCCAUUCACACACUGAAGGAGCACAAUCGCCUCCUCACACAGGAAGUGACGGAGAAGAGCGAGCGCAUCACUCAGCUGGAGCAGGAGAAAUCUGCCCUGAUCAAGCAGCUGUUUGAAGCUCGCGCUCGCAGCGCUCACGACAGCAGUGCGCUCGACUCCACCUUCAUCUGACCAGCUUCAUCACUCCACCAAUGUUCACUUUGUGCCCAAUCACGCAUCUGAGGCAAAGUUUACAUGUUUUUCAGUGCAAUUUGAACAAUAAUGUCAGAGAAGCAACAGCACAAUCUAUGAUUGACGGAGGAGCUGUAGCUCGUCCAUGUUUACAGUCGGAUCUCACUCAGCUGAGACUACAUGCGCAAAAUACAUUAAAUAAGCAAUAAACUGGAUUCCAGCACAGUAAGAUCAGACGGCAUGAAUAAGCGCAUCGGUGCAGAUGCUGCAUUUAAAGUUACCUAAACAUUUCUUCUGGAUAGUCAAUGUGAAUGGAACUUUUAUCUGAGCAGGCGAUUAGUCAACAGUUUGGUGUAGAUCUUUCUUUUGGUUUGAUAUUUUAGUUGUGGUGCUUUAAUUAGCGUGCUGUGUUCUCUCUGGAAAAGAUUAUCUCCUUCAAAGCACCAGCUCUACAUCCAUACACAUGCAGACGUCUUUGGCUGUUUUUUGAGCAUCUCACCACAAGCAUUGCUAUUAAAGGUGUCUUGUGGAGUUAAAAAGACUUCUUUAAAAGUCGCAAUGUAAAAGUAGUAGCAGCAGAACUUUCUUCCGUGUUGUAAUGCACAUCUGAGUGAAACUGAUUAUGGGAAAAGAAAAAAUGUAGGGACUCGGGAGGGGCUUGGUUCUGUCCAGUGGUUGUUGAUUGGAUGGAGGUGGAUCUGAAAGUGAACAUUUGUUUGUAAGGGGCGGGGUUUAAGCGCACUAAAUGAUUGGAGAAGUCUGUCGUUUCACCGGACAUUAAAAAUAAUGAGGUCAAAAUGGAGCAAAAAGCACCUCAGGAACACUUAAUUAUGUUCCUGUCCAGUAAACUCCAUCUAGCUUUGAAUAAGAAACCAUAUGAUUAGGUUUUCUUUUAUCUCAAAGCAACUUCUUUGAAUGCAUCCGCUGUCAAAUGCCACAGAAAGUUGUUGAUUCUUCCAUCAGUUUGUACUGAAAAACACAAAAGCCUUUAUAAUCAGGGGUGCAUGUAACUGGUGCGCAUGAAGUGGCAAAAAUAAAUGAUGUGCUGCAGAAAAUAUGAAGGGACCACAGACUGUUAAAAAAAGAUGGACGAAGCACCUUCACCUUGUAGUAAGUGAAGCUGCCAGUGUGACAAUUUGGCGCUGACAUCCGCACAGUAGUGAGCGCAAAUUGGAGCCGCGAUAUCAAGGUCCCGCCCCCACCUCCGCAGAAUCGAUUAAUACUGCAGAACAGCUCAUUAUGUCGGUGUGAAAUAAACACUUCUGGAAAUGUAGAAAUUAAAGUUAAAGCUUUAAUCUCCUCCCGAAGAUCUAGAAAAAAGUACAUUGGUGCUUCAGUGACUACUUCGCUCAGAGAAGCUGUCAAUCUCAGCUGUCAAUCAUGACGUCAAAACCCAUGUUUUUAUAGCAUCAAAUAACUAAAUAUAAACAAACUUAUUUAUAACACUUUUUAACUAACAUCAGCAUGAAAAAAAUGCCUAAAAUGACAAGCCAUCUUUGGAAAAGAAAUAUUUGACAUGUAAUAUGUUUAGUUUGUCUCACGUCGCAUUAUAUUACAUGGAGAGGGUGGGGCUUAUGACCUAUAUUGCAUCCAGCCACCUGGGGGCGAUAGAGACGUUUUGGCUUCACUUUUCAAGACUUGUGCGGUACGCUUUGGAGGGACAGGGACACGUUUACUUAUUGGAGUAGGAUUUUUCUCUGGUAAGAAGGCAAUCAUGAUGAUAAGUGUGUUCAUUAAUUAUUAGGGGUGCAACAGAUCGCAGUUGAUCCGUGAUCCGUACGGACCAGGCCUCACGUUUUGGCAUGCAUGUGAUUCGCAGAUUAACUGCUAAAUUUAGCCAUCAUAGAGUUAAAGGACGUGUUUUUUUUUUUUUGCCAAUUUACACAUGCAAACUAUUUAGACGCGGAAGAAGAGGCAAAAAUCGACUCAUGCACUGUUAUCUGUGCGCACAGCUGCACACACCCGAGGCACACACACGCAGAGAGAUAGAGAUGUGUUUCAAACAGCGCUCGAACACCGAAUUGAUUCCUCUUUCGUGUUUACUUGAGCCGCAUACACACAAAAUUAUGUCAAAAUACCCGUCUUGGCAAGUCUGUUGGUUAUGGCAUAAGUGUACAGUUGAGAAAGAAACCGGAUGUGUGUCAGUAUGUUUGGUCAUAAAGUGACAGCAGCAUAAUAUUCCUUCUGUUGUCUGUGUCAUUAAUGUUAAUUAAAAAAAAAAAUACAGCUUUAACAAAUAUGAACCUAUAUUUAAUUUCUACGGUGAACAAAUAGUGUUAUUUUACAUUUAGGCAGCUUGUAGGAUAAGUGUGCUGUGUAAAGUACCAACAAAGUCCCUUUCAAGGAAAGUGUGUUCACUCUGCCGCCAUAUUUGCAACGCCUCCGUGCAGCUAUUUCGGGUAUUUAAGACCAAGUCCAAGUGGGGGAAUCCUGAAGUCUCAAAAACUGCUUGGUGAACUCACAAUUAAAUAACAUAUUUCAAAUUAGCAACAAAAUCUGACAUGAACCAUCCCAUAAAUAUUGUUUCUUAUGCUCAAAUAGCAUUAAAAAAAGCUUAUUUUUCAGGCUUGACAAGCCAAUGCACAAGUGCAGUCCUAAACUAAGUCUCUGGUUUAUAUGGGAACCAGAGCUUCUAACGGCAGCUGCAGUGACGCGAUGACUUUACCAAUCAGCGAUUGGCUCUUUUACUUAGAAGGUGGGAUGUAUUCUGCCAUAUUGCGUGUUGCAGUUUCUCCCAUUCAUAACUAAAAAGAGUGAACCGUCUUUCUAUAUCUAUAGUCUUAGAUACCAAGUAGCAUCUCCAGGUGCUCCCUUGAGAUCCAGACCAAAAAAGUUAUGUGCACCCCUGUUUAUAAUAAUGGAAGUCAUUCUAGAGGGUUUAAAAGCAGAAAUGUGAAGCUUGUGUUUGUUUAAGCACUUAUAUUAAUUCUUUAGUAAAACAUGAGUGGUAUUUACAUCAGUUUUUUUGAUGCAGGACUAAUGAGUCAAAAUGAUUGGCUGUGGUAAAUGACAGCAGCUCACAGACACCCUCUACAGAUACUGUUAAAAAUUGACCUGGAAUACUCUUAUUCUCACUUUUACUCCCUUCUGCAGGAACUGUGAAUGCUUUAGUUUGAUUCAUUGAAUGCUCAUUUUCACUCCAUGUGUAUCUGUUUGCUUCUGUGACUGAUGGUUUCUUUCAAUAGAUUUCAGCUUUUUUUCCAGUUCAGCAGGAGUAAAGAUUAUUUGAAUCUGUUGGAUAUUUUGUGAUUUUCUGAAUGACUACAGCAGUGACUUAUCCGAAUCAUUUGCAUCUGAGGGCUAAAUGCUUCCAAUAUAUAUUUACUAUAGCCAAAUAUAAGCGCAGCGUGGCAUGAAAGUGCAUUUCGGACCUGAAUGAUGUGAACGUUACUUAAAAAAACUUCAAGAAAUGCCUGAUUCAGUUUCAGAAGGUCAAAAUGAGAAGGGAAGGAUGUUUGUGGACGUGUUCUGGACUAUUGAAUAUGUUAUUGCUAUCAUCUAAAGAUGGUUCAUGACGGAUGGAGGAUGUUUGUGGGGUUCAAGCACUGAAAAACAGGACGCUGUGAAGUUCAUUUCAAUCAAGUGAAUCAUUCAAAUGUGAAACCUCAGUCUGUCCACUUUCGUCUUGCCUUGUUGCAGGCCGGUGUUGAAGCAUUUAUACCUGUGUGAAAAACAGAUUUGAUGUAAUGAAUAGCAUUCUGUUUAUCUCAACUCUCAUUUGUUUAGCAUAUGUAAUCCACACCAGUCUUGAUGCUUUUCCAUUAUUAAACAAGCCUUUCAGUA